UUAACUCUCCAAGCAGAGGCGUUAGAUAACAUACUAGUAAGCACCUGUGCAUUCUAUAGCGUGCAGUCUGGCAUACGGACGGAACGCUACAGGACGUCUCGACACAAGAGGGUGGAAAACGCCGUCGUAGAUUCGUCUGUAAAAUACGAACUACAUUGUACACAAGCGCCCGUACGCACCGCCAACAUGCCUGUCAUGAGCCUUGGGGACGAGCUCCCAAACUUCUACUUGGAGAAUAACAUGGAGAGCGGAAACCUCCACGACUUUAUCUCAGGAUCGUGGGCUGUGCUGUUCUCGUACCCGCGGUCCUUCACACCCAUCUGCACCACGGAGCUGUCCCGGGCGGCACAGCUGGCCCCGGAGUUCGCCAAGCGCGGAGUGAAGAUGCUGGCCCUCUCGUGCGACAACGGGGACGUCAACAAGGACUGGAUUCAGGACGUCAAGAUGAACGCGGGCAUCGAGGGGGAGUUCCCGAUCCGCCUGGUGGCCGACCAGGACCGGCAGAUCGCCAAGGCGCUGGGGCUGAUCGACCAGGACCAGCCGAACGACGUGUCCAUGCCCAUCACCUGUCGGGCUAUCUUCGUCAUCGGACCAGACAAGAGACUGAGAAUGUCCAUGGUUUACCCGUCAAGCUGUGGACACAACUUCGAAGAAAUUCUUCGAUCCAUUGACUCGUUGUUCAUGGUUGAGUCUUGGGUGGUGGGCACCCCUGCGAACUGGAGGCCUGGCGAUGACGUCAUGGUCGUACCCAGCAUUCCAAAGAAGGAAGAGGCCACUCGUUUCCCAAAGGGGGUGACGCGGUUCUCGAUGCCGUCCGGGAAAGACUACAUGCGUCUCACCCCCGAUGAUUUCUGAAAUGAACCUGACCAUUGGAAUGUCAUGACCAGAAUUCGUUCGAAUGCUCCUUCGUUCGAAUGCUGCUUCGUUCGAAUGCUACUUCGUUCGAAUGUGACAUCUUUCGAAUUCUACGUUGUUCAUCAUAACCAGGUUUGUCUUGAAGAAAAAAAGACGAAACCAGCAGAAAUUGACUACAAGAAAAUGUAUACGUAGUACGACAUAAGCAGUUUUCAGUUUAUUCCGUGUGUCUUGUGGAUGUGCUAGUUCUCUUCGUGUAUUUAGUGACAAGCAACAAACGGAAAGCUGAAGGCCAUGCAAGGUUACUACGCUCCUAAAGUUCUUUGUAUCAGAGAUAUGCUGUCACGUGCGUGCACAAUAGUGAUAUAACGUUAAAGUGAAAAAAAAAGUGUUUUUGAUGACUGAAAUACACAAGGGCGCAAUAUUUGGGCCCUUUCUACAAGAAUACCUUCUAACUAAAUAAGUUUGCAGACAUCAGCCUUGCAACUUCCUUACAGAAUAACAAGUCUGUCAUCUUACUGAAAAGGCAAUCUUCGUUUGGCCAUUAACACGUUAGACAGUUGUCAUAAACAGUAUGCUCAAGGUCAAAGAACCAGGAGCAUUACUCUGUUCUGCUUUACAGAGGACCAAGGUUCAAAAUCACAUCUUAAGAAGCCAUUAAUUAGUUUUCGUGUUAUUUCAAUAAACUAUUGCUAUUUAUGUCUUGACACUGACUGGUUCUCGAAAUAGUCAUAUUGUUUUAUUGCGAGUAAGUCACGCACUCAUUGCGAGUAAGUCACCCCUAUUAUCCAGUCAUUCACUUACCUAAUGAAGCUACUCACAAAUGUAAGACUAGCACAAGCCAUGUAAUCUCAAGAUAAAUACAUUUAUUGGCACUUUUAUUAUUUAUAUACAAUCAAUAUCCAUACAUACAUGACAACAGACGUAUCAUUGACGAAGCUGCAUGGACAGCAUCAGAGAAAUUUUGUGUGGGACAACCAGAAAUAUACUUGGUCAAACCUCUGCAGUUUCUGGGCUUGUUGUGUCUUGUUCAAAUGACUAUUAGGCCACAGCAGAUAACUUCUUGGUUUUCUUCAGUUCGAGUUCUUAU